GACCCCGCAUGCGAAGGGGUUACCACCAAAUUCGCGGCGCCGUCGAAGACUGUCACAAAACCGCCUUCCGAACCCGCUACGGCAGUUACGAAUACCUGGUGAUGCCUUUUGGCCUUACGAACGUGCCUUCAACGUUCCAAAUGACCAUGAACGACAUUUUCAGGGAGCUCUUGGAUAAAUGUGUUAUUAUCUACCUCGAUGACAUACUAAUCUACAGCCGCAGCAGGGAGCAGCACUUACGAGAUCUUGAUGCAGUCUUCACGCUGCUGCACAAGAAUCGCCUCAUCACAAAAGGGUCUAAGUGCGACUUUCUUAAGCAGGAGUUGGAGUUUUUGGGCCACGUCGUUUCUACCGAAGGAGUGAAAAUCGACCCCAAGAAAAUCAAGACCAUACAGGAAUGGAAGCCGCUGACCAACCUCAAAGAACUACAGGGUUUUCAGGGUUUCGUCAACUACGUCCGCCGUUUUAUCCCAAAUAUAGCUAGGUUAUCGGCCCCGCUAACCGACCGACUGAAGGACCACAACUGUUUUUGGUGGGGAGAGAAGCAGCAAGCUGCAUUCGACCAACUCAAGAUCGCCCUCACGUCGCCGCCCGUCCUUCGCAUCUCCGAUCCCGACCGUCCAUACGAAGUCGUCACCAACGCCAGCGACAUCGCCAUCGGUGCAGUUCUCCUACUGGAUUUCGACGACGGGUUACAGCCAGUCGCCUACGAAUCACGGAAGCUGCAGGGCGCACAGAAGAACUAUACAGUGCACGAUAAAGAAAUGUUGGCAAUCGUCCACGCGUUCAAAACCUGGCGGUGCUACCUGACAGGCGCUGACGUCACAGUGCGAACUGACCACAAGUCCUUACAAUACCUGCGCGCCCAACCGAAUCUCAACCCGCGACAGAUCCGAUGGCUCGAUUUCCUCGAGUCGAAUUUCCAUUACACCAUCACCUACAAACGAGGGGCAAAUAAUAUUGCCGAUGCCCUGACUCGCCCCACUGCCCAUACUGCCGCUAUACUAGUCGCCCAGACAAACCCAUUACUUACGGGACUAUUCACCCACAGCUACAAGAUCGAUCCCUUUUUCCGCUCCGCUAUCCAUCAACCGCCACCGGACCUUAUUUUAAUAAGCGCGAGAGCAUGGAACCACGCAUCACAAAAAUAUGUGCAUUUGAAUAUCAUCUGACGUUCCGAGCUAGGCGCUAUCGUCUGUUAACCGUCUUUGAACUAUUCGAGAUUCAUCUGUUUCCCAAGUCGAUGGCUUCAAAUGAUUGGGAAAUGAAAUCUAUUUGUAAAAAAAAUGUCGUGAUCUGCGUGUUCAGGCACGAGUGGUUGGUAGUACGGCAGUCAUGGGUAGAGUUGAUCGGUGAAGAGUCGGGUUCGAUUCUUGCAAUGAUUAGAAACUGAAACAUUCUAUUUGUUUUUCUGAUUUUCCCGCAGAGUUGGAUAUGUAGGUGUAUACUCCUUAGUGUUAUACAAUAUCAGUGUCAGCGGUAGAUAUUUGGGUGAAUGUGAAAUAAAUGCAUAAUCUAGCAGUCAUGAUUUUAAUAUAAGUCUGUUGACAUGAAAUUUCAUGCAUCAAUUUGAAGGCAUCAG